CCAUCCGGGUGGGUUCUCAAGUCCGGGGCUGGGCUCCAAGCGGAGAUUCCCGCUGCUCUUCCUAAAUUUGGGAGCUCCACUCCCACGCCUGUUCUAAACCCGCAGGCGUGGGAAAGAAGGGGGGCGCUGGCAGUGUCAAGGAACGACUGGGGAGUCCAGGAGCACCCCUCUCCGGGAAGUCACUGCCUACCCCAGGCUUAAUCCAAAACCAGAGACUGCCGUGCACACGCAGCUUGUGCGCUGGCCCCGGAGCUCCUACUCCGGAUCAGAUUGGAUCGUCUCUCUUAAACACGUCUUACGUUGGAAUUCUGCAGGAGCCUGGGUGUGCUGGGUGGACAGCGGAGGAAGGAGGUGCCCAAGUCAGCACUAGCCUCUAGGGUCAUUUUCUGCCUCUCCUGCCACGUCACUCCCUCUGCUGAUGAGAGAAAAAAGACUUGCUUGUGCCUAAAGGCUAAAGGUGAUCAUGAAUCAGGCAGAUAAAAAUCAAGAAAUUCCAUCUUAUCUUAGUGAUGAACCACCCGAAGGGUCAAUGAAGGAUCACCCGCAGCAGCAGCCAGGCAUGUUGUCUCGUGUGACUGGAGGGAUCUUCAGUGUUACAAAGGGAGCUGUUGGCGCCACCAUUGGUGGUGUGGCUUGGAUUGGUGGGAAGAGUCUGGAGGUGACCAAAACAGCUGUUACGACUGUGCCUUCCAUGGGAAUCGGGCUGGUGAAGGGCGGCGUGUCUGCUGUGGCUGGAGGAGUGACGGCGGUGGGUUCUGCUGUGGUAAACAAAGUGCCCUUGUCAGGAAAGAAGAAAGACAAGUCUGACUAAGGAGCAGGAACACGCGUGCACUCGUGCCCCACAGAGUACGAUGCCAGUGGCGUUGAACUGCUCGAUCACAGACUACAGCCAAGCCCACUGCUAAACUGCUGUGCUCAAAGUACUGACGGCUGGCUUCUCUAAAACAAGAAGAGACCAAUACUCUCACAGUGUGUGAGGCUUUUCACACUUAAGUCCAGCUUUUUAUCUGGUAAAAUGUUACACUUGCUCAGUUGUAACUGAACAUAUGGUAUGUUUAAAUAUUUGCUCUAAGUCUUUCAGUUUGACUAAAAAUGUGAAAGUUCAACUUAGUAGAUGACUUUACAGUUCCCCGUGUACAGUGUGCCAGGUAAUUCAUGUGCCCCUUGCAAAGGGACUCUUGAACCACAUAAACUGUACCUUUGAUGUGCCUAAUAGUUUCAGAUGUCUUAGUUUUUAUAACAGUAGUGGUUUAGGCCAAGAGGCGUUCUUAUUUAAGCUGGCAGAAAAGUCGCAGGAAUUCAGAAGUUUAGAAGAUAAAUGGUUUUAUGAUACUGUUAAUUGUUUUUUGUUAGAUAAACCUUUUGUUUAAUCAUUGAUGCCUUACAAAAGAAAACAUCUUUUCUAAUACCGUAAAUAUGUGCAGUUCUUAUACUUAUCAGUGAAUUCCUUUAAAGGUUGUAAAACUAGUUUUCCGUCUGAAGAAUCUCAGGAGUAUUGGGUGAAGGCGUCUCCUGUGUCGGUGAGUAAGACAGUGCUUGUUUGCUGUCAGGAGUUAACGUCAGACACAGGCUUCAGCUGGGCUCGUGGUCCCAUCGUUAACACACCCCACAGUGCCUAGGGAAUAUUUCUUAGCUGAUCAGAAGCUGUGUGGGAAGAGUUUUAUAUUAAGAAGGAACAAGUAUUAGUUUUUAAGUUCUUAUAAUUAUCUGAAGCAUCUAAGAUCCAUGCAUCUUCUGUCUUUAGGAUGUCUUAAAUUAUCAGUAGCAAUUCCUUUAAAAAUAAAAUAAAAGCAACCACACAUAUAUGAGGAUUGACUCUUCAAAUGAAUGAGAUGGGCUCCACACAUUGGCUUUGAAUAAAAAAAUACACAAGUGCUUUCAGUGACCUAUGUAGGUUUGUUUGUUGGUUCGUUUUCUGAGAUGACAAGUGCUUUCAGUGACUUUUGUUUGUUGGUUUGUUUGUUUUCUGAGGCGGUAUCUCUGGCAGCCUAGACUGCUCUUGAACAUAGGGAGGGAAAGCUGGAGCUCCUGAUCCUCUUGCCUUCACUUCCCAAGUGCUGGGGUUUAGUCAUGCUGGGGACGGAGCCCAGGGCUGAUGCGUGUUAGGCCAGGAUUGCACCAGUUGAUCUGCACGUGCAGCAGGAUCCACUCGUGCUGUAACACGUUCUUCUGGAGCCCUUUAAAGUGGAUGUAGACACCGUUUUCCAAGCCAUUGUCAGGUAGGGAGUUGACUUUCUUUGGCAUGGCUGGUGAGUGUGUUGUGUCUAAAUGUUCAUAGCUCAUUUAUUCUCAUAGAACCUAACUCAAAAGUCCAUUUGUUUUGUUUUAGUGUUCAGUUUCAUGAAAAUUUUAGUAAGUGAAAUAUGUAUUUGGCAUUUAUCUUAUAAGCUAAGCCUGGGGAAAACCCUUAAUUUUCUUUAUACCUAAAACUAGAAAUCUGUCUCCAUUUUGUCCUUUCUAAUUCCCUGGAGAGAGGAAGGGAGUGGUGUCUUGACCUAAAUAAGUCAAAAUGUAGUGUCUGAGAACGUGAGAAGAUCACCCUCACAUUCAGGCUUCACUGUUUGUGACUCGUGGGUCAACAACUGGAUAAAAGUAGAAAAUCUAAAAGCAUUCAUAAAUAACAGCAGGAAUUUCAAGCAAAUCUAUAAAUGUUCUUGGACCUUUAUGCUUACACAGAACUGAAAAUCAUUAAGGAAUUAAAUUCAGAAGGAUUAAAUGGCCAUUUAUCUCAUGCAAUGUAAUGUAAGAGGCAUUUGUUGGUACAUCUGGUGAAAUGUCUUAACAAAUGAUUUUUUUUAUUUCCAAAAUUAAUAGACCCAUUCUCAGUGAUCUAAAUACUGGUGUUGGAGAACUCAAUUCUUGCCAUUUAGAAAUUACUGCUGGUCUGUAUUUCUAACUUCAAGACUGGUUUAUAUGAGCUUGCAUAUUUAUUUUCAACUUUGCUUAUUUUUAAAAUCACUUGAGGAAGAUGGCUGUGGUUAAUUUCUGCUACAGAAAAGCCACCCGGUAAAUUUUCUUCAUACUCCUAAAUGCUAAAGUGCAGUGUUGCUCAGAGGGCUUUUACAGCAGUAGCAGAUCUGUGCAGUUAUAGUUCUGGCUGAGAUGAGCUUGCAUUUGAUGGUGUGUACAGCUAUACACGUAGGUCUCUUCCGGUUUAUUUAUAUAGACUAGCAAUGUGUUCUGUUAAACAGGACUAGCUCACUUCUGAAACUAUGGUUGUUGUAUACAUCUGGAAGCAUCUGGUAUUCAGCUCCUUUUUUUUUUUUUUUUUUUUUUUUUUAGUGGGCUUUGGCACAGUGGAGAUAAAUUUGUGUGAUCCACUUGAAUAAAUGAUCUAAUGUUGGCGUAUGAAUACUGUAUUCAGUGGCAUGUCAGAUGAACGUAGCCGACUAAAUAAUGUGGUUGGUCCUUUCUGUAUUAAAGGGAUGGAAAAGGACACAUGAAUCUGAUAAUAAAGGACUGUGAUCUGCAAGA